UGGCCGGAUGUCCCGCCCCCUGGCUGUUCCCCGGCUGAGGCGGGGCGGCGGUAGCUAUGGCGGCUGUGACCGAUGUGCAGCGGCUACAGGCCCGUGUGGAGGAAUUGGAGCGCUGGGUGUACGGGUCGGGCGGGCCGCGCGGCUCUCGGAAGGUGGCUGAUGGCCUAGUCAAGGUACAGGUGGCUUUGGGGAACAUUGCCAGCAAGAGGGAGAGGGUGAAGAUUCUGUACAAAAAGAUUGAAGACCUGAUCAAAUAUCUGGAUCCUGAGUACAUUGACCGCAUCGCCAUACCUGAUGCCUCUAAGCUGCAAUUCAUAUUAGCAGAGGAGCAGUUUAUCUUAUCCCAGAUUGCACUCCUGGAGCAGGUGGAGGCGUUGGUGCCCAUGCUGGACAGCGCUCACAUCAAAGCCGUUCCUGAACAUGCUGCCCGCCUGCAGCGCUUGGCCCAGAUCCACAUCCAGCAGCAGGACCAGUGUGUGGAGAUCACUGAGGAGUCCAAGGCUCUCCUGGAGGAAUACAACAAGACUACAAUGCUUCUCUCCAAGCAAUUUGUGCAGUGGGAUGAGCUACUUUGCCAGCUAGAGGCCGCCAAGCAAGUGAAGCCAGCAGAGGAGUGAUAGCUGCUUCCCAUUCCUGGGUGGGCCAGGACAGCCAGGCUCCAGGGCCCUGUGCUAAACUGCCUUUGUAACAGGGCAGAGGCAGCUCUGUAUUUAUUGGAUUCGCAGCCUACCUCUCUGCAUUCAGGUGGGGCUCUGAGGUCGGAGGCCUGGCUACUUGAGGUUUGCUUUUGCACCCCCUCCCCACAUCGGUGUCCUAUUCCAGUGACAAUAAACUAUAGAAAUCA